UAAAAUUGAACGAAUGUAGCAUUUGAAGCCUGCAAGUCGGUAACACACGAAUAAUUUUCCGAGUCAAGUAAUUCAUUCAUCGUCAUGGGUUUAAUCAGUUGGCUGAAGGGUCUUGAAUUAUGGGCCAAAAUUCUCUUGGGCGUGCUCGCAGUCGGCAUUGUCGUUACGGUAAUUACUGUGCCGAUUGUCGUAACAUCUAACAAUACAACUACUGCCACAGAAUCGACCACAAUUACUACAACUCCGAUCACAACAGUAUCUACUGUAACAUCUACUGAUGUAACCGACACAACCGAGGAGCCAGCCACAUCUACACCAACAACCACAACUACACCAGCAACCACAACUACACUAACAACCACAACUACACCAACAACCACAACUACACCAACAACCACAACUACACCAACAACCACAACUACACCAACAACUACAACUACAACAACAUCCACAACUACACCAACCACCAUCACUACACCGACUGACGCGACUGACGCAACCGACGCAUCGACCGACGCAUCGACCGACGCACCGACCGACGCUCCAACCGAUGCACCAACCGAUGCACCGACCGACGCUCCAACCGAUGCACCGACCGACGCUCCAACCGAUGCACCAACCGAUGCACCGACCGAUGCACCAACCGACGCUCCAACCGAUGCACCAACCGAUGCACCAACCGACGCUCCAACCGAUGCACCGACCGACGCUCCAACCGAUGCACCGACCGACGCUCCAACCGAUGCACCGACCGACGCUCCAACCGAUGCACCAACCGAUGCACCGACCGAUGCACCAACCGACGCUCCAACCGAUGCACCGACCGACGCUCCAACCGAUGCACCGACCGACGCUCCAACCGAUGCACCAACCGACGCUCCAACCGACGCUCCAACCGAUGCACCGACCGACGCUCCAACCGAUGCACCGACCGACGCUCCAACCGACGCAGAUAACAGCAAAAUAUUGUGGAGAGCUCUAAGGACUGCCAAAAAGGAAAAUAGUGCAUUGGAAAUACGUCCAUCAGGCUUUCAACAAAAGGAGUUUGGACGUUCGAGAUAAAUUCUGGCGCCAACCAAUUGGUACAUAGUAAAUAGGAACGUUUGUGAAAUAAUAAGUUUGAUUUUACCAGAUUUGACAAACAAAGCUGGUGUCAACUCAUUUUGUUAGCAUUUAUCAUUUUUCUUGUCCAUUUAGUUGAUUGGGGUUUAAACGAUAAAUAUACGUCUCUGUCUCAUUUCAUUUUUGCCAGCUUAAUAUGAUUAAAUAAAAGUUUUAAAAAAGUAA